GUUAAGUUGACAGACGGACGAACGAACUUAUGUCAUUUUUAUAUUGCGCCUAACAAUGUAUAAAAACUUCCAAUGGAUGUAUGGAUGUAAAUUAUACAAAAUUAUUUAAUAUAAUUACGAAAAAAACUCAAAAUAUCUUACAUUAGCGCCUAUUUUUCAAAAGAAUUAACGCAUGCGCGUUGUUUUAAGUGUUAAUAGUGUCAAUUUCGCUAAUAGCUAUAGUAACAUUGAGCAGUCAUGGCGAAUCCAAGAAAAUUUAGUGAAAAAAUAGCCCUCCACAACCAUAGGGAAGCAGAAGAGACGGCAGCCUUCGAAAAAAUAAUGAGAGAAGUUAAAGAGGUCAAGGGAAAGGUGAUUCCCGAAAGGAAAUCGUCGAAAAAUACCCUACGCAUCAAUACGCAAUCGCUUGGUGCUUUCAAAGGGGGGUCGCUGCCGAACGUCACCGCAGACUCCCUUAGUAACAAGCGACCCGAAACGAAAUUUUUCUCAAAGGACGAAUCGUGUCGUUCUCGGAAAAUGCCCGGUAAUAGAGUAGAAGUACGAGGUAGGACGUUAUCUCAGAGCGGUCCGAUGAGGAAACCCCACGAAAGACGUUUGGAUACGUCCCCGUAUUAUUUAAGUCCCCCCACAGAUACGGGGUGGAGAAGAACGAAUAGCGAUUCGGCGUUACAUCAAAGUACCAUGCAGGGUUUGGAUAGAAAUAACGAUUGUUCGAAUAGAUGUUGGCCUAUACAGAUGAUGAACGGACCGGAUAGGAGACCAAAAUCCAGUUGCGAUAUACCGUCGCAAUCUCGAGUACCUGGUAUCAGUAUACACCCUUCGACGCACGAUCCCAAUUUGGGACAAAUGCCCAUUGCGAAUACCGGUUCUCUGCCAGAUUUGACGAACGUUGAUUUUUCAUCGCCGAUACAUCCUUUGGAUCAAGAUCACGAUAGCUCUCAGUAUAGUUCUAGUCCCUUAAAUACGAGUCCCUUAAACACGAGCCCCUCAACAUUAUCACCCACGAGUAUACCAUUGAACGCUAGACCACAAAACCGAUUUCACUUCACCAAUUCCCACCCGAAUCAGUUAACAGUGCCAUUUAAUCACAGGUAUCAACAUCAACAGAAUAUACAAUUAGAUAAGAAUUUAGUAAAUAUGGUGGAUAAUUCGAAUUACGCGCAAUUACCGGGCUUGAGCGGAAUUUACCAACAACAAUGCCCCUCUACAUCGCCGUCGCCCACGUUACAGCAAACCGGUGCCUAUAGAAGUCCGAGGCCGAGUCCCCAAUCGUCGCCUAGUCCUGGUAGGCAUUCGGCUCCUUGUAGUCCCGGAGCUACUAGUCCUUUACCCAAUGAAUAUCACGUGAUCAAUCAACCGACGUCGCAGUUUCAACAACAUUUCGAACAAUUAUCAAUGUUGGACCCUCCUACCAGCAUGUCUUACGUGGACCAAUCGACAGGUGCUCAACAUCAACCGCAUUCGCCUUCUAAUAUACAAAACGCCAGCCCCAUCGGCAGUAUAGAAAUGAUGACCACCGAUGCAGGAUAUUACAGUACGUCUCCGCAACAAUUAGUGUAUCCUUCUCCUUCGCCAGGAUUGAGGACGACGCCGAAUACACCUACCAGUUUACCUGAAAUCGUACUCACAGAUUUUUCGGGCGACGAUGGUAGGACGGACAUUUUUGACGAAUCGUUAAAAGAAGGUUUGGGCACAUUAGAUUUCGACGAAUUUCAAAUGUUGACGAAUUCGUCGAUAGGCAUAUCGGAAAUAGUCGAAGACCAUUUCCGAUUAGAUCAUCGCUCAUAAUCGGGAAAACGGAAUUCACUGCCGAAUUUCUAUUCUAGCUGUUUGUGCUACUUUAGUGGAUUUUCAAAAUAUCUCCAAAUGAAACUACGUGUGAUCAGUUAUUUAGUGACUUUAUAGUGUGGCCAACCAAAAAAAAAAUUACCGUCAUUGUUACUGCAAACGGAUUUUUUGAAUUUUUUUAGUUUUAUUUUUUUGUUUGAAUUGAAAGUUUUUAAAAAUAUUUACGUCUAAGAACAAAAUGAAUAUUUUUAGUGAAUUACGCAUUGUAAAGAUGCAAAUUUUUGAACUUUUUAUUAUAUAUUUUAUUAUAUUUAUAUAAAUGUUUAUUCUUUAGGUUUUUUUUUAUUUACGAACAAUUUUUUUAUAGGAAUUUAUGAAAAAACGCACAAAUCCACUUUUUAUUACUUAUUUUUUGGAAAAAAUAUGAUUUUUCAACGAUUUUGGACCAUUUCAUAAUCAUACAUCGUGAUUCUCCCUGUAUAUUUUCGUUGGGGUUGAAAAUACACGGAAAAAAUUGGUUUUAUUGGCAAGUUCGACGAUUUUUUCAUCAUUUUGUGUUGUAUCUGUCAUUUUUGACAGUUGUUAGGAUGUUUCUGGAUGUCUUUUCGUUCAAUCCUGUAUAUUUUCGUCGUUUUUCCGAUUCUGUUUCUACAAGGAGCUUUUUUUGGAUUCAAACUUGACAAUGAACUAAAUUCUAAAGAAAACUAUACUCCGUUCCCCAAUUUGAUCAAAGACGUUCCUCCUAACCGUUUUUCUUCCCCCCAAGUUGACAAAACCUCCUAAAAAAUUGUUUUUUGCGUCAAAAA